AAUUGUGAACAACUUUGCCCAGAACAGAACACCGAGUCCUUUUUUUUUCUGCUGGCUUCGAGCUUCUCUUUCCCCUUCUCCUUCGCUGUCAUCUUCAGCAACCGCGCCUCUUGGUCAUCAUUGAUCAAUGCCAUUUCUUUUCACCCUCUGAUUCUUGCUAAAGAAACUCCCUCUGUCAGUUUCGUUUUUCCUUAUUUCAAUUCCAUUGUUCCGCAAUGUCUGGUCAACAAGGCUCAGUGCGGAAGCGCAAAGAUAACUCGAUUCCACCAAAGGCGAAAGAUGCAUCCGCAGCGGGAACUACUACCCCUCGAGAUGCCGACCUCGACGCCCUGGUCAAAGCCAAGCUGGACAACAAAUCGGCCGGCGUGGAAUGGGACUUUCGGAUUGCUCUAGGAGUCAUUACUCUGCUGGCUUUCAUUACAAGAUUCUGGGGCAUCAGUCACCCAAAUGAGGUUGUCUUCGACGAGGUGCAUUUUGGGAAGUUUGCCUCAUAUUAUCUCCAGCGGACCUACUUCUUCGAUGUCCAUCCUCCCUUCGGAAAACUUCUGUUCGCCCUAAUGGGAUGGUUUGUGGGCUAUGAUGGAAGCUUUCACUUCGAGAAUAUUGGCGACUCGUAUAUCGCGAACAAGGUGCCAUAUGUUGCAUACCGUGCUAUGCCAGCUCUCCUUGGAGCUCUCACCGUCCCAGUGGUUUUCGACAUUAUGUGGGAAUCUGGCUAUACUCUACCAGCCUGUAUUCUGUCCGCUUGCCUCGUCCUUUUCGAUAACGCCCACAUUGGCCAAACUCGACUUAUUCUCCUCGAUGCCACUCUCGUGUUCGCCAUGGCUUGCACUCUUUUGUGCUAUGUCAAGUUCUACAAGGAGAGGCACGAGCCAUUUGGACGCAAAUGGUGGAAGUGGCUUUUGUUGACUGGCUUCGCGCUGAGCUGUGUCAUCUCAACGAAAUAUGUUGGCGUCUUCUCGUUCGUCACAAUCGGCUCAGCGGUUGCGAUUGAUCUAUGGGAUCUCCUGGAUGUCAAUCGUCGCCAAGGCAGCCUCAGUCUGCCUGAUUUUGCCAAGCAUUUCGCAGCACGAGCUAUUGGACUGAUCGUUAUCCCAUUCUUCUUUUAUCUGUUCUGGUUCCAGGUCCAUUUCGCCAUUCUCACUCGUUCUGGUCCAGGUGACGAUUUCAUGUCCCCUGAAUUCCAAGAAACACUAAGCGAUAAUGUUAUGCUUGCCAAUGCAGUCAAUAUCGACUACUAUGACAACAUUCAAAUCAAGCACAAAGAGACACAUGGCUAUCUCCACAGCCACCCGGACAGAUAUCCGCUGAGAUAUGAUGAUGGUAGAGUUUCCAGUCAAGGUCAGCAGGUUACAGGGUAUCCGUACGCCGAUGCCAACAACCAUUGGCAAGUCAUCCCUCUGGUCAAUGACGAUGUUCUGGGACACCACGUUAGGAAUAACGAGCUCGUCCGGUUGAGACAUGUUGUCACUAACACUAUGCUUCUCUCCCACGAUGUUGCUUCGCCAUAUUACCCAACCAACCAGGAGUUUACAACGGUUCCAAUGGAGGAAGCUUUGACCGACAGAUUCAACGACACUCUGUUCGAGAUCCGAAUCGAAAACGGCAAACCAGGCCAAGAGUUCAAGAGUCUUUCGGGUCAAUUUAAGCUCAUUCACAACCCAAGCAAGGUUGCCAUGUGGACACAUACUACACCACUUCCGGAUUGGGCAUACAAGCAACAGGAAAUCAAUGGAAACAAGAACCUUGCGCAAAGCUCCAAUGUCUGGUUUGUGGAUGAGAUCCCCUCCAUUCCUGCUGACAGUCCACGCUUGGUCAAGACACCGCGCAAGGUCAAGAGCGUUCCCUUCUUGAAGAAGUGGUUCGAAUUGCAAAGAGCAAUGUUCUACCACAAUAACGCCCUCACUAGCAGCCAUCCGUAUGCCAGUGAUCCUUACAUGUGGCCCUUCUUGUUACGUGGUGUCAGCUUCUGGACCCAGAACGAUACCCGUCAACAGAUCUAUUUCCUGGGUAACCCCAUUGGAUGGUGGAUAGCAAGCAGUCUUCUUGCUGUCUUCGCCGGUAUCCUUGCCGCUGAUCAACUAUCUCUUCGUCGCGGCGUGGAUGCUUUAGAUGAUCGUACACGAUCACGCCUAUAUAACUCCACUGGCUUCUUCUUCCUUGCAUGGCUGAUGCAUUACGCUCCUUUCUAUCUGAUGGGACGUCAAUUAUUCCUUCACCACUACCUGCCCGCGCAUCUCGCAUCCGCUCUUGUCACCGGAGCUCUUUUAGAGUUCAUUUUCAACGUGGAGCCUGUCAUCGACGACAGCGUCUUUAUCAAAGGAGCCAAGAAGCCUGCUCCCAAGAAGCAUUUGCCAGCCCGCGAAAAGCUUGCAGGUCAGAACCUGAUGACGUCGUGGGCGGCUCUCGGUGUAUUGCUAGCGCUUGUCAUCGGUGGCUGGUACUUUUUCCUGCCUCUGACAUAUGGCUAUCCUGGCCUCACGGUGCCCCAAGUCCAGGCGCGAAAAUGGCUAGGUUAUGAUCUACACUUUGCGAAGUAAGUGUGCAGGUUGUGUUGAUUAGAUAUGUUAGGGAGAAGGAUCAAAAAUGGGAAUCGGAACUCGGCGCGUUGAUUGUCUCUGCGAUUAGCGAUUGCAUAUGUAAAAAUAUCGUCAGAGGGUGCCCCAACAUUUUCAAAUGAAUUUUCUCGUCUCUAUUGAUAUUCUAGUUGUGAUCUUGACAUUGAACUGAAUUUAAGGUUGGUACUCAUUCCCGAACAUUGUAUUCAGGUAAAGUCCUAGUAAAGCUAGAUACCAUCGGGUACUUGUCU